GCAGGAUUUUCACCGUCGAACCGAGGGAAAUCGAGCCGCAAUGGCCGAUGCUGGAGCAAUCUGUCCCUGGGCAGAGGAUCAUAGUGGUCAUCCUCAAAGUGGGCACGACGAUCAUCCUGAUAGUUCCAGCCAGGAUUGUCAAAAAGUAGGCCAUCACGGUCCUAGUUGCGGGUGUCCUCACGGCGAUCAUCUCUGUCAUGUCGCAGAAAAUGGCGGCCAUCAUGUUCCUGCGACAGAAGAAGACUGUCGUAACUGCAUCAAAGCCUCCAUGGGAUCGUCAUAUGCCGGACCAAAACGGACAAGGAGAGCCUGAACAAAGGCAUCCCAUGUCGGAAAUUGGCCGGACUCUUCAAUGUCUUGGAACUAAAUGAGAGCCUCUCCUUCCAUGUGGAAAAAUGCUAUGCGGGUGCGUUGAUAAAGAGGAGUUUGGUAAUAAUCAAAUAAUUGAUUUACCUUAUAAGUCCAGCCUGCAGGAUUUUCACCGUCGAACCGAGGGAAAUCGAGCCGCAAUGGCCGAUGCUGGAGCAAUCUGUCCCCGGGCAGAGGAUCAUGGUGGUCAUCCUCAAAGUGGGCACGACGAUCAUCCUGAUAGUUCCAGCCAGGAUUGUCAAAAAGUAGGCCAUCACGGUCCUAGUUGCGGGUGUCCUCACGGCGAUCAUCUCUGUCAUGUCGCAGAAAAUGGCGGCCAUCAUGUUCCUGGUAACGGUGAUCGUCACGGCCAUGAACAACCGGAAGUUGGUAAGGGGGUGCUUCGGGUAAGGGAGGUCGCUUUGGUGGAGGACAAGACUGAGUAGCCACCAAGGUCUGGAGCAUUUCUGACAUCUCGGUGAGCUGCUGUUGGAACGAGGUAUUAGGGGUGUGCUGUUGCUGCUGGAAAAUAGAGGCGGUGGAUUGCUGCUGGCGAAUUGCCUCUUGGCAUUCUUUGAUAGAUUCGGAAAGUUGGAAGAGUCUGGUACCGUCAGCCAUGGAAGACAAUGAAGGGGAAAAAAAAAAUUCUGGGUAAAUUGGUUCCGGUGGAAGCAAUGGGUGAAGAUCGAUGGCUCUUAUACCAAAUGUAAGGGAUAUUUCUAGAUGGGGAAAUAUGAUGGAAAGGAGAAGGAAAAGGAAGAUAAUCUGCAGGAACUUUACUGAAAAUAAAGGAAGAGCUCUUAGAGAGGCCCAAACUCUCCAGGUGUGCAAUAUUUCAAGAAGACUGCAAAGUUAUUUCUGGGUCAUCUCCAUCCUCUCCUCAAAUAAUUAUUAAAGUCAGGCCUUACUCAAAGGAUAUGGGUUAUGAGGAUCUAAAUGUUUCUGCUCUUCUUUUAGUUAGGUGCUUACCAGGGUAUCCUUACAAGUGUCCAAAGUUGCAGAUAACUCCAGAAAAUGGUUUAUCAAAGAGCGAUGCCGAUAAGCUUCUAGCUUUACUCAGUGAUCAGGCAAAUUCUAAUGCCCGAGAAGGACGGGUAAUGAUUUUCAAUUUGGUGGAGGCCACUCAAGAGUUCCUAUCUGAAAUUGUGCCAGUGGAUCAAUCACAUGAAUCUGUUGUCUGCUCAAGCACGGAUGGCAGCGAUGAAUUAUUUCAGAAGGAAAUUGCAGCUUCAACUAACAAGAGGGGACCUUUUGUUUAUGGUUUUAUAGACCUCUACAGUGGCUCUGGAGAGUCAUGGAAUUGGGGUUUCGUAAUGGAUGAAAAAAGUGUGAUGAAUUCUUCAGUACAACCCCAUCCAGUAGAGGGUGCUAAACUUGGAUAUGAAGUUCAGCAAAAGGAGCCUGAUAAGAGAACCAAGCAAUUAAAAAUGCAGGAUACAAAGCAAGGUUUAUUACCUUCCUCUACUGCCAUAUUAGAUACCCUUGAAGAAGAGACUGAAGAUAGCAAUAAGAGCAUAUCUUCUACUGAUUCAAGUAGGUCUCUAGAAGAGGAUUUGGUCAGAAAUGAUACAGAUGAUGAGAAAGAUCUUUCACAGCAGUCUAUCCUUGAGGGGCGGACAACAGAAGAUGAUGAUGGUGAAUUUGGAAGUGAUACUUCUGGGUUGCUUCCGUAUGCUUCUUUGGGUCAUGACCAAGAAUCUAUGGUUGAACGGGAUCUAAUAGUGGUUCAUCUACUUCGUCUCGCUUGUGCUUCUGGAGGACCAUUGGCUGAUGCUUUGCCACAAAUAACCACAGAGCUGUACAAUCAAGGGAUCAUUUCAGAAUGUGCCCGCGAUUUAGCUUCUAAACCAUCUUCGAUAUUUAACAAAACCUUUGAUCAUGUUUUCCAAAAACAAAUGGUUUCAUCCAGAAUGUCUCAAUUUUGGAAGCCCACUGCUGAUUUUGGAGAGCCGAGUACAUCACUUCCAAGCUCUCGCUUUCUCAAUGACUUUGAGGAGCUAAAAUCCCUUGGUCAUGGCGGUUUUGGCCAUGUUGUGUUGUGCCAAAAUAAACUAGAUGGAAGACAGUAUGCUGUGAAGAAAAUUCGCCUCAAGGACAAAAGCCUGCCUGUUAAUGAUCGAAUAUUGAGGGAAGUGGCUACUCUUUCUCGUUUGCAGCAUCAACAUGUUGUCCGGUACUAUCAGGCAUGGUUUGAAACAGGAGUGGCUAGUUCUUAUGGUGACACUACUGGGGUUUCAUUGACUGCAGCAAGCUCCUCUUUUAGCCACUUAGCCACUAGCUCAAUUGAUGCCUUUGGACAUGAGAACAAGCUUGAAUCGACAUAUCUAUAUAUUCAAAUGGAAUACUGCCCCAGGACGCUCCGCCAGGUUUUUCAAUCAUAUGGUCAUUUUGACAAAGAAUUGGCAUGGCAUUUGUUUCGUCAAAUUGUGGAAGGUUUGGCCCACAUACAUGGACAAGGAAUCAUCCAUAGGGACUUAACCCCGAAUAACAUAUUCUUUGAUGCCCGCAACGAUAUCAAAAUUGGAGAUUUUGGUCUUGCCAAGUUCUUGAAGUUGGAGCAGUUGGAUCAGGAUCCAGGUUAUCCUUCAGAUGCAGCUGGACUUCCAGCUGAUGGUACCGGUCAAGUUGGUACCUAUUUUUACACUGCACCUGAAAUUGAGCAAGGAUGGCCGAAGAUUGAUGAAAAGGCUGAUAUGUAUAGCUUAGGCGUUGUGUUUUUUGAGCUUUGGCACCCAUUUGGGACAGAAAUGGAGAGACACAUUGUUCUCAUCGAUUUGAAACAAAAUGGAGAACUUCCUCCUGCUUGGGUUGCUGAAUUUCCUGAACAGGCAUCCUUGUUGCGGCGCUUAAUGUCUCCAAGUCCAUCUGAUCGUCCCUCUGCCACGGAACUUUUGCAGCACGCAUUUCCUCCACGGAUGGAAUCUGAAUUGUUAGAUAAUAUUCUACGAACAAUGCAAACUUCAGAGGACCGAAGUAUAUAUGAUAAAGUUGUCAAUGCUAUCUUUGAUGAGGAGAUGUUAAGCAUGAAAGACCACCACCAUCAUGCUGGUAGAUUGAGGUUGACUGGAGACGAGGCCUCUGUUCAGUACACAGAUUUAGACACUGAGGUUCGUGAUUAUGUUGUUGAGAUAUCAAGGGAAGUGUUCAGACAACACUGUGCAAAGCAUCUGGAGAUAAUACCCAUGCAUUUGUUGGAAGAUUUUCCACAGCUCAAUAGGAACACUGUCAAACUGUUGACUCAUGGAGGAGAUAUGAUUGAACUUUGUCAUGAGCUGCGUUUGCCUUUUGUUAGUUGGGUGAUUUCUCACCAGAAAUUUUCGUUCAAGCGAUAUGAAAUAUCUUGUGUCUAUAGAAGAGCAAUUGGCCAUUCACCACCGAAUCGCUACCUUCAGGGUGAUUUUGACAUUAUUGGAGGUGCAUCAGCAUUGACAGAGGCAGAGGUUAUCAAGGUGACAAUGGACAUUGUUGCUCAUUUUUUCAAUCCGGAUUCAUGUGAUAUUCAUCUAAAUCAUGGGGACCUUCUGGAUGCAAUUUGGUCUUGGAUAGGAGUGAAGGCAGAGCAUAGACAGAAAGUAGCAGAGCUUCUUUCUAUGAUGGGUUCUCUGCGUCCUCAAUCUGCUGAACGGAAAUCAAAAUGGGGAGUCAUAAGGCGUCAGCUUUUGCAGGAGCUCAAUCUAGCAGAAGCUGUUGUAAAUAGGUUGCAAACUGUUAGUUUAAGGUUCUGUGGAGCUGCCGAUCAGGCACUUCCAAGAUUGAGGGGAGCCUUGUCAGCUGAUACACCUACACGCAAAGCACUUGAUGAGUUGUCAGACCUCUUUAGCUACUUGAGAGUAUGGAGGAUUGAAAAACAUGUUUAUAUAGAUGCAUUAAUGCCGCCAACUGAGAGCUAUCAUAGAGAUUUGUUCUUUCAGGUAUAUUUAAUAAAGGAGAACAAUCCUGGAUCACUUAUCGAAGGUGCAUUGCUUGCUACUGGUGGCCGCUAUGACUAUCUGCUUCACCGAAUGUGGGGUCAUGAGUAUAAAACAAGUCCUCCAGGAGCUGUUGGGACUAGCCUUGCAUUAGAGACGAUAAUUCAGCACUCUUCGAUCGACUUUAAACCAACUAGAAAUGAAGCGAGCACCAUUAUUCUUGUUUGUUCGAGAGGAGGAGGUGGUCUGUUGGUAGAGCGCAUGGAACUUGUUGCUGAAUUAUGGGAGGAGAACAUCAAGGCUGAGUUUGUCCCCACACCUGAUCCAAGCCUUACAGAGCAGUAUGAAUAUGCAAAUGAGCAUGACAUAAAAACUUUGAUCAUCCUAACAGAGACAGGUGUGACUCAAACUGGUUCGGUCAAGGUCCGUCAUCUUGAACUCAAGAAGGAGAAGAAAGUUGAGAGAGAAAACCUGGUCAGAUUUUUGUUCGAUGCAAUGACAACACAAUUUAGAAACCCAUCAAUUUGGAAUUAGGCGUCUUCCUCAAGGCAAUACUUUUUCAGGUUCAUAAAUCGUGAUGCUUGUCUUCUUCUUUCAUAAUACCUUACAGAUUAUGUUCUUCGGCAACCCCUUUCAUUUCAGUGAGAGCUAUACUAUCACCAGAAAUCAUCGGUCACAUUCCUGAAAGGCUAUGCGAGAAGUUUUGCAAGUUUAGUGUUUUUUGUUUUUCCCUGAAUACCAUUGAGGUUUCUUCCACCUUAUAGUCUAACCCCACCACAUCUUUCCCACAUUUUAAUGGUGUGAAUAUGUAAAUAUACGAAAUGUUAACCAACUCAUUCAGUGGGAUAUAAGUAGUAACUAGUGAAUAGGGCCAUCAAUUUCUUUUUUCUUUUUCUUUUUUUCUUUUUUUUUUCUUUUUUAUUCUUAGUUUUUUGUAAGUAGAUGUGUAUAUGAUUAAUUUGCACAGCACAAUAAACAAAAUUCUCCCUUAUUUUGAUUGAAAAUUUAAAUCUACUGGUUGUAAUCA